GCAACACACUUUCUGUAAACAAGACCAUUUACAUGGACUACAAGAGAUGUUUUAGCCAUUAAAACAAAUUGAACAUGAUGUAUCUACUGAAAGGAGUCACUGUUCUCUUACUGACAGCAUUCGCUUCAUUCAGCAAUGGUAGUAUGGAACUGCCUGAAGAAUGCCAGGUUAAUCUGACAGUAAAGUGUGCACAGGACUUCCUGACAGAAAUCGAUUACAGUACAGCUCAAAACUUAUCUCAGGAGGAUGUGGAAAGUUAUUUAAACACAAUAAUGAAUCUUUCAACUCGUGUGAUAAAUGAUGCUGCUGAUAGAACUAACUUAACCUCCUAUGGACAAGAUUUAUUGAAUAUAACUGAGAAACUGCUGUCUAAAAUGGUGAAGAAAACAGACACCUACAGCAAUAUCAGCUUCUCUGUCCAAAAUCUGGAGGUUCAAGUUUUCAUGGUUGGACCUCAUGCCAACUUGAGUGAAAAUCUCACACUCACCACCAGCAAUGCUGCUAUGGAUAUCGACCUCAUUGGAAUUUCCAAAAAUAAUAAUGGGUCAGCUGCUGUGGCCUUCAUAAGUUACAACAAUAUGGAAGACAUAUUUAAUCCCAAUUUCACCAUCACACGGACUGAAUCAAAAAAAACCCUGAUGUCUGCCCUGAUCUCUCCCUUACUUCUCAAUAUCAUGGAUAGAACACUUACCAUACCAGCCAAUUUCACCCUCAAACACAUCAAAGAGUUGGGCCCAGAAGCCAUUAUGUCCUGUAUGGAAUGGAGAGACCCCAGACGGAGUGAAUGUCUCAUCACAAACAGCAACAGGACUCACACUGUGUGCUCUUGUGAUGACAUUACUAACUUAGCUCUAAUCAGUGAGACUGACAUGUGUAGGCUUAAUUUAAGUGAAUUAUGUCCAUUGUACUUUGUGAUUCAUCUUCAGAAAAACCUACCUUACGAAUUACCACAGGAGACUGUGGAGAAGUAUUUGACUGCAACAACAAACCUUGAGAAACAUAUUAAUAUACAAUUUAGGUUAAAUUACAACGCAUAUCUGUUAACAUAUGCAAACAGAAUAGUUGUAACUACACUGUGGAGGAAAAUAGAUAACAACAUUUCCCUCAGCCUCUCUCUCCAAACACUAGAUGUUCAAGUCUUCUUGAUUGGACCUAAAUUCCCCUUGAGUGAAACACCUCGACUCAACACAAGCCAUGCCUCUCUGGAUAUAGAUCUCAUUGGGAUUUCAAAAACCAACAAGGGAUCAGCUGCUGUGAUGUUUAUGAGCUACACCACCAUGGCACACAAACUGGAACCUUUGCCCGAAAAAGAUCGCCUAAAUAAAACCAUCAUGUCUACUUUGGUGACAGUAAAUCUUUUCAAAUCCUCAAGACCUUUCGCCAGACCAGUUAACUUCACCCUCAAACACAUCAAUGGUAAUGAUACAGACCAUGAGGGCAUCCUCUCCUGUGUAAACACUCAAUUGAGAGGGGUUCUAGGCCUCUGCAACGUCACACAGACCAACAGCACUCACACUGUGUGUUCUUGUAAGAAGCAAGGAGACCUUAUACUUUACAUGCUGACCAUCCCAAACAGAGAUAAUUUGACAGCAAAACGUGCAUUUAAAGUCCUGUAUGAAAUUAACAGAAACACAGAUCUCAGCUUACCUCGGGAGCUUGUGGAACGUUAUUUGAAGAUAAUAAGAAAUCUUACAACUCUUGUUAAAGACGUUGUUUAUGAACGAAAUGAUCUAAUAUCCUUUGGGAAUUAUGUAUUAAAUUGUACUCAGAAACUGGCAUCUAUCCUGGUUAAAAAAAUAGAUGCCCACAGCAUCUCUCUCCAAACUUUAGAAAUUCAAACACUUGCAGUUGGCCCUAAUGUCACCUUGAGCAAUGACCACACAUUCAUCACAAGCCACACCUCUCUGGAUAUUGAUCUCAUUGAGAUUUCAAAGGAUGUUAAAGAAUCAGCCACUGUGACCGUAAUAUUCUACACCAGUAUGUCAGACAUCUUAAAACCUAUCUUCUUCAACACUACUAUCCAAACAAAUAAAACUAUGAUGUCAGCUGUGGUAUCAGUCUCACUACCUCAAAUCACCAGUAGAUCUCUCACUAGACCAAUCAACAUCACCCUGAAACACAUCAAUGCAUUAGAACCUGAAUUCAGACUCUCGUGUGUGUACUGGAAGGACAGUGAAUGGGUUGAAGGUGGCUGUGACAUCAUACAGACUAACAGCAGUCACACUGUGUGCUCAUGUUAUCUCCUGGCUACGUUUGCUCUUAUUAUGGAGACUGACCCAUGUAAGGUAAAUUUGACAAAACCAUGCAUAACAAAUUUCCUGGAUCAAAUUCCAGUCAACACAGCUCAAGAAUUAAUACCGGAGGUUGUGAAACAUUAUGUGAACAUCAUAAUGAAACUUAUUAUUAGUGUGAAAAGCAACACUACUGAUCAAAGUGAUCUGAAGUAUUAUGGAAAAGCUGCAUUGGAUCUAAAUGAGAAACUGUUGUCUAAAGUGGUGACAAAAACAGAAACCGGCAACAUUACCAUCACUCUUCAAAAUUUAGAGGUUCAAGUUUUAAUGGUGGCUGAAACAAAUGCUCCCUUCAUUUCCCAACUCAGCACAAGUAAUGCUUCCUUGGAAAUCGAUCUCACUGGGAGAUCAGCUGCUGUGGGCUUCAUGAGCUACACCAAUAUGGAAGAUAUCCUGAAACCUAGAUUCUUCAAGACAUCUGCUAACACAAUGAAAACCAUGAUGUCCACUGUGGUGUCAGCAACAUUUCUCAAAACAACAAACACAUACCUCUCCAAAUCAGUCAAAUUUACCUUCAAACACAUUGGUGCGUUAGAUUCUGAGGGUAACCUCUUCUGUGUGCACUGGAAGGGAGCCGAAUGGGUUGAAGAUGGCUGUGCUGUUGCAGAGACUAACAGCACUCACACUGUGUGCUCUUGUAAUCAGAUGUCAGUGUUUGCUCUCAUCAUGGAGAUCGUUCCAUGUAAGACUCUAUUUGGAAUCACAGUGUCACUGCACUGUAACAGUGUCCUGAAUAUGUCAGUGGUUAAGGGAAUAGGAGUUUUCUUCCUGACCUUAUGUCUACUGACAUUUGCUUUUUUCUGCCAAAACACAAAAGACACCAAUGCGGCUCUAAUUAACCUGUGUUUAAACCUCUUGCUGUUUCAUCUUACCGACAUUCUAAAAUCUCUUUAUCAGACCCAUCUACAACCCCCGCAAGCCUGUGCAGUUAUGUCAGGCAUACGAUGGUUCUUCUUUAUCUCUUGUUUUGUGUGGAUGCUCAUUGAGACAGUGCUGCUCUUCCUACUUGUGAAGAACCUGUCAAAGAUCCGAUCAAACCAGAGGGAGUACCUUAGCAUGAAAUGGUUAAAUAUGAUUGGAUACCUCAUUUCCUUGGCUGUGGUGACUCUGUGUACACUACUUAUUCCACAAAAUUCUGUUGAAGAACAAUGCUGGGAAAAUCGAGAUACAGAGAAGACCUUUGAUACACCUAUCAUUGUUAUUGUUGCAACAAACAUGAUUCUUUACAUCAUCAUCAUCAUCAUCAUGAUCUUCACCCUGAAACGGCUGAAAAAUGAAAACUUGCAUCGGAGUAACACUGAUGAUAAAGACCUCAUAACGCGUGUUAUGAUUAAAAGCCUGGCACAGUUUGUUAUCCUCGGCUGUUACUGGAUAUUCCUGUAUAUCCCUGAUGACACUGGGGUUUUAUACAAUACCUUCCUGUUUCUCAACUCCCAGCAAGGCACCUUCAUCUUCCUCAUUCACUGUCUGCUUAACCAAGAGGUCAGACAUCGGUACAGGAAGUUUGUGUGUGCUUUUUUCUGCUUCAAAAAGCUUGACACAAUUACACAAAUCAUGGACACACAGCAGUGAAGUACCAGACUUUCUUUCACAAUACCAGAAUUACAGAAGUGAAUACAAAUCAUACAAGACACACACCAUCAUUUAAAUGUACACCCUUCUCAAUUCUAUGUUAUUAUAUAUCAGAGCCUUCUGAGAUGCUGGGCCAGAAUCUGAAGACAGCUGUGCAUAAAUGACUGCCAUCAAGCAUCAUAUAACAGAAGCAAUGUUGUAAAAAAGAGUGGGUCAAGGUUUUUCCGAAAUGGUAUGAGAGACUGAUUAAGCUCCUACACAAAACAUUUAGUUCAUUUUAUUGUUGCUAAUGGUGAUUUAACAUGUUACUGAAUAAUAGUCUACUCCCCAAACUGGUAUACUUUUUUGGGAAAAAUGACUGAACUGUUGUGAUUUUUUUUUAUUACAUGAUGUUACUUGUUUGUUUAUCUUAGUUGGUGAGAACUGUACACUUGUAAAUUAAGCUCACAUAAAUAUUAACACAGACUUAAAAGGGUUUUUUCCCUACACAUUCUUUACCCCAUUGUAGAAUCAGCCUAUAAAAUGUGCAGUGUUGUUGUUGUUGAUCCAGUGACAAACUGGUCCACUGUAAAAGUGCAUGCGGACCCAGAUCACCAGAGGGAGCCAUCGCCAGAGUAUUGACAUUCUCAAACUUACUUCCGGUCUCACUCAGGUAUUUAAGCAGCUCACUGCCUAGUGUUCACUGCGAAGUAUCAUUCUUUAUAGAUUGCCUACCAAGCCUUGCAUAUUGUAUUUUGUCUGCUAUGUGUAUGAUCCUUGCCUGUUCCUAGUUUCUACGAGUUUCAGUUUCAGUUUCCACAGUGUUUGAUUUCCCAGUUUUUGCUCCCUUUUGCCAGACCAUAUUGUUACUGAUGCUUGCCUGCCGAUUCUGUUAAAAUAAAGAUGUGCAUAUGGAUUCUGCUACGCCUGCCUCCAGUGCAUUCUUACAUCCACACAACAACUUGGCACAGGUUUUACGCCAGAUGCCCUUCCUGACGCAACCCUCCCAUCUUUAAAAUGAAAUGUGCAGUG